GUGUUGACUCGACUGGUGCUACGUAAAGACGCUCUCACCAGCGCCCCACAGGUGUUGUAUCAAUGUCUCUCGGGGAAGCUUCUCGCUUGCCGCGCCCCUAGAAGUUAAAUGUGAGUGAAAAGGAAAUAUCCACGGGAGUCUCCCCAAGCUAUUAUCUCCUUCGGCGUGAUAAAAGAGGGCGUCGUCGGCUGUUGUAUAUAGUGGAAGAUGCAAUAAAGUGACUGAGAGGGAUAAUUUGGCCCAAACUUCUUCUUUCUUCUUCUUCUUCUUCCAAAGGCGUUUCGGACACAACACAAUCCGGGGCAACUUCAGAAGGAGGUGAGUGAUGAAUUCUACUGGAAUGAAUGUCUUAAUUUAACCGUAUUUCUCGGAGCAUGCGGAUGCUGGGCAAGAUGUGGGCGGUGCUAGCAGCCAGCAGAACAAGACGCGUGGUGGUCAUCCUGACUCUGAUCUGCCUCCUCUUGGCCGUCCAGAUCUUGACUCACCGAAGUACUACCUCAGAGACUGUGAUAGAGGAUCCCUCAAGAGGCCAGAGACUCCUGCCAGUGGUUGAGCAACAGCAACUGCAGCAGCCCUCGUCAACCCAGGCCCCAGAGCCAGAGAGCCAGGGCACGGCAAGAAAUGACAAGGAUUUGAAGAAGCAGCAGCAGAACAAGGCCAAGGAGGAGCUUCUGAAGAACUUCUCAGCCCUGGACACGAAGCAACUUCAGAAGUUAUGGCGGAUGCUGGACUCGACGAAGGACCCCCACUCCGUUCCCGAAAUCCGCAUCAACCAGGCACUCCAGUCGCUGAAGAUUCGGUUACUGGAGGAAGUCAGCGGGAAGAAGUAUCCACUGAUUAUGGACGCUGCCCACAAGGCACUGGCCUUAUCUGAGCAUCCAAGACCGGAGCCCCUUCAGAUUGUCAUAGCUACAACCUGGCGUUCAGGAUCAACAUUCCUGGAGGAGCUGUUGGCGUCCCAUCCUGCCGUGUACAACCAUUAUGAGCCCCUCAUGCAGUUCGGUCUUCGACAGAUCAGGGAUGGUGGUGACUCGGACAAAGCCCAGAAGUUGGUACACUCCCUCCUGCUGUGCAACUAUAACGGGCAAGACGAUUACAUCAAGACAGCAGUUAAAAUACGGGACAUGUUCAGCAGGAACACCGUGUUGUGGCAGUCCUGCAGCUCUGACGACUACGGCGAUGCCAUGUGCUACAACGAGUCCUUCCUGAGAGGAGCCUGCAAGCUGUUUCCCUGGGCAACCAUGAAGCUCGUGAGGUUGCGACUAAAGCUCCUCAGACCUGUCUUAGAGGACAAGAAGCUCAAUGUUCGAAUUGUGUACCUGGUGAGGGACCCACGCGGAGUCAUCAACUCCCGAGUGGGCACAGUGAAAUGGUGCAGUUCCAAGGACUGCAAUGAUCCCUCUUACCUCUGUGCAGACAUGGACGACGACCUGACAGCUGCCAUCCAGCUGCAGAAGGACUUCCCCGGUCGUGUGUACACGCUACGCUACGAGGACCUAUCUCUCAAUCCCGUCAACAAGACGAAGGAGCUUCUGGAUUAUCUCGGUCUAGACUUCGACCCUAAAAUGAAGGAGUUCCUGGACUCGCACACCACCAAGAACUACGACAAGCCUUGGAGUACUUCGCGGGAGUCCAAGAAGAGAGUCACCUACUGGGUCACGAAACUCGAUGACUACAGACUGAAGGCUGUGCAGGACGCUUGCUCGCCCGUCAUGGAGAGGUUUGGUUACUUACCGAUAGACUCCAACAAAAACAUAAGCGUGUCAGAUAUACUUGGACCAAUGGUCUUACCAAAUUCAUGAGGGUGAAUUCUUGUUUAGGUGAACUAAGAAAUGCCUGUGGUGCAUACAAACUCAUGUGAUAGUUACUGAGUGUAUUUCCUUGUUUUCUUGAGGUCACUGAAUUUUUUUUAAUUAUCAUGUGUAUGAGCUAUUCCUGAAAUAGUUCUGUGACCCUGUUCUCUCGUUGAAGAGCUAGAUGUAUAUUUGUUAUUUUCCAAACAAAUUUUUGUAAACAUAUUCAAAGACUUUCGACUGCGGUUGUCUUAUGAGAUACGCUUUGUGAUACCGAUGGAAUUGCAAUGGCUGUGAGUAUGGAACGAACAUUUAUAAUUUCCACUUCCCUUGGGAAAACAGUUUAAGUGAACAUUAGACACAUUUAAAUCCCCUUCUACGGGAAAGAUGUACCAUGAUUUGUUUGAUAUUCAACAGUGAGUUGAAUAGGUGAGUGAGCAAAACGAAUCGCUUAUAUUUUAAAAGUUGUUUCACUCGAAGGUUCAAAGGUCACUCCCAAGUGGCAGGGUCAGAGGUCGGGUCACAGCUCUGUCACUGAAGGUCUCAGAGACCGAAUAUAUAAGUAUAGAUAUCAGUGGGCUAAGUGUGCCCCCACUCCAGCCAAGCUGAGACCUGGGGGAACCAGGCAAUAGUUGCUUUAUACAGGAGAGAUGUGUUUCUUUCCUUUUUCUUUAUUCACUCUUGACGCUUUCUCCGUCAUACUGAAUAUACUCAUCAGUAAUUACAAUCUUCAGUUACAUUCCUUUUCCUGAAGACAUUCAGAAGAGCAGGUCUUCGUUGUUUUGCAUAAUUAAAGUACUUUUCACUUUUCUCCUGCUUUCUCUAUUCAGUCCCUGCUAUUUCAGCUGGGGUUGUGGCCUGGCUUGUAAUAAUAAUAAUACUAAUGAUUAUAAUUACAGAAAUAAUAAUACAUUUGAUGUAGUUAUAUACUAAAGUGGCCUUUAUUGUGACGUCAGUCCGUUGCCUUCAUAUGUUUGCAUAACUCUUGUGCCUUUUACGUUAUUAUUAUUAUUAUUACUAUUACGUUAUUUCUUCUUCUUUUUUUAACAUUUCACUAUUUUAAUCCUUCAUUUUCUUCACCUGAAUCGACUUCUGUUGAGAUCCCGCCUUCGACACCGCCUCAAGAGAAGGCUUAACCCUCAUCAACAUUGUGGCCUUGCACGUGCCUUUAUACUAGUAGCCAUAGUUUUCGUAUUUUUAUCCCUUCCAUGCACUUAGACGUGCAUGCAUGCAUAAAUACAUGCGUGCAUACUUACUGGUAUGAGAGUACGCUGUGUCAUUUUAAAGUGUCUUCGUGUUGAUCUUCUGGUGCUGUUUUUCAUAUAAGGUGAGAGCUGUUGCAAAGGCAAGCCUUCACAAUUACUACUAAUACUACCACUUUCGGUGUGUAUCGCACGUUUUCUAUUCUGCUAUCUGAUGCAGCCUAGACUAUUUUUGUACUGAAACGCGAAUAAAACGUUUUUAGUGUGUGUUUUUUUUUUUUUAAGACUUUGGAUACUGAGUGUUCCUGUAUGCGGUAACUUUGUCAGUUUGUAGAUAAUCUAUGCAGCAUGAUGCAGUAUAUAUAUAU